UGCACUCUGUGUUUAAAAGGUUAAAUAAAAAAGGUUAACUAGUCAUCUGAGCAGAAAUAAUGAUCCACCUAACAGGACACAAUUAUAAUGCCCGAGAGAUUAUACAAAAUAUGUUCUCCCCUCUGGUGGGCGUUGUUUGCAGUCCACUAGCCAGUGAAGUUUGUGCACGCAACAACUUAUCCUUUGUGGAAAUGUUACAACCAUUCGCUAAAUUACUGAGCGAUGCCCAAUUUCGUGACGUGUCCGAGACGAGUGUUUCCAUUAAAGGUUUGCGCUUAAAUUUCUGCGAUGUCGAUUGGCGACCACCACAGACCGUACUUGCGCGUAAAAUGCUAAAUGAGGCUGUAACAAAUGCGCAUAAUGAGAAAACUAAAUUUUUAACUAUAGGAAAUAUGGAUUUGGAGCUACCGACUUCCGAGCCAUGGUUCGAACAGUGGCGCGAAACGUUUCUAACGGUGCAGUUCCCCGCUGACCAUGAGUUUACGCGUCACUUUAUUAGUUGUCUCAUUGUCUUAAGUAGUAGCGAUCCGAACAUUAUUGAGAGCGCACAAAAGCUUACGCAACGAGUGCAUCAAAUGCAAAGUGUAACACCACAAAAAUUACCCAAGUGGUUUCAUCCUACUAACGUGCUUAAUAGUUACGUAGUGCUGCAUGAGGGCUCGCAAGGGGACAUAUCUAAAGCACAACAAGGUUACGAGUUGCUUAAGUCUACGUUUGGCAAUAGUAAAUGCUUUUUGGUGCAAAUCAAUUCAUUAGAUGCCACCGUAUCUGGAGAAGUACCGGACUAUUGGGCAACAUACAUAAAACGACAACCGAAAAAUGAGCUUCAAGUAGACCAGUUGAGUGGUCCAAAGACGCCACAGGAUGCCAUGUCGAUUAUUUCAAUGCCGAAUAUUCAAAUGUCAGUACUUAGUGAUGCAAUGGCGCCUACUGAGAGUGGCACUGAUGGAGCCAUUUUACAUCCCUUAAGUCCGGUGCAGGAAAAUGCAACCGAAGCAAUAAGCUCAAAAUUUUCAGUUAGCAGCGAGAGUAUAGCUUCUCAAACCAUAAACGCAAAUGUAUGGGCAUGCGAGCCGGACGGUGAUGGCACAACAGUGCAUGGCAGCUGCUUGAAUUCCAUGGACGUGGAAAACUUGCGUCAUUUCGUACAAGAUUAUACUGUGCGUGCGCUUAUACCCUACGCCGAGCAGUUGGUGGCCUUACUGGCAGAAGCGAUUACAAACAAAAAAGGAGUUAGCAAGUCGCUGCUUAGCGCUACUAAACGCUGGUUUGUUAGUAGUAAACCUGGAUCGAAUUCCAUAAAUCAAAAUGCUGUAAUUUAUACCCACGAAUCGUCGGAAUUGCAAACACGCAAACUUGGGGAUCUAUAUUUUAUGUUUGGUCAUUAUAACCUGGCUUUUCAAGCUUACCAUCAAGCUAAGCGUGAUUUUAAUGCUGAUUCCGCUUGGCAGUAUUAUGCGGGCGCACUUGAAAUGGCCGCCGUUUCGGCUUUUAUGCUCGGUACAGCAAAUCGAAAAACAUUUGAUUACAUGGAGGAUGCCAUUAUGUGCUAUUUAACCGUCUGCAAAUUACAGCAAUUUGCCACGCGCGCAACACUACUGAGUAUGGAAUGUCUGCGCACAUCACGCAUGUACGGCGAGGCCGCUAAACAGCUUAUCCGCAUGACCAGUGAAGAUACCGAUUUGCGCUCGGCUCUGCUUUUGGAGCAAGCAGCUUACUGCUUUUUGGCGUCGAGCCCCUCGAUGUAUCGCAAGUACGCAUUCAACAUUGUGCUCUCGGGCAAUCGAUUUUCCCGUGCUGGUCAGAGGAAGCAUGCGCAUCGCUGCUACCAACAGGCUUUUCAAGUUUUCCAAAGUCGCGGCUGGAGUUUAGCGGAAGAUCACAUACAAUACACGAUGGCUAAGCAAGCGUGUGCGCUGAAGAGAUUAGAAGAGGCGAGUCGUUCGUAUUCACAUCUACUGCAUCCUGACAGUCAACAGACUGCACAACAACAAAUCAUAUUUCUCAAGGAGUAUAUUCAAAUGCAUACUGAACUUAUGAAGCGGAAUCCUGAAUUGGGGCUGCUUUCGUUGUCUUUGCCACAGGUUUCUCAAAACUCUAUACGAGUCUUGCUGUCGACGCCAACGACCAUGGUGAAUGGACAGCAUGAAGCUGCCAGCGGCAUUGAUAUUAAGUCUAAUUCUGCUGAUGAAUCAACUUGGCAAAAAAUGGAAGAAAUGCUUGUAUCCUCGGCAGGUCUUAAAAAGGCGUUUGUGUUCAAGCCAACACAAUUUCUAUUCUCUAAAGAAUGCCCAGCUGUGGAGAACCCGCUGGCUGUGCAAGGCGAACCCAUUGAAAUUGCUGUGACUGUGUUUAACACCGUCAAGUGCAGCAUUACAUUAAAUGGCAUCGAUUUACUCUGGAAACUACAACUUGACAAUGGCGAGAUGCUUUCUAAUGAAUCAUUGUACAUCCAUAACGAAGAGAGCUCGAGUAAAGCCGCAGUUAGUGCGGCCAUCAAAACUAAUUGUGUGGCUUCGGUCGUUUUGGAUGAGCGUUGCGAGCAAUCAAUUUUCUUUAAAAUCACACCCAAAUUAACAGGACUUUUAAAUAUAAUCGGCGUGGUCGGUGAAGUGGUACUCACAUCCGAGCCCACUGCUUGUCUGUUGGGUAUGUUACAAUUCGAAACACCGCAAGUUAAGGUUAAGGGCAAGCAGUCCACUCAAAUGAUAUUGGACAGCAAACUGAGUAUCAAAGUGACACCUGCUGUGCCCUCCAUGUCCGUUAGUUUCUCCCAACUACCAGCAAAUUUAAUAGCCGGCGAAAUAUUGCCCGUAGCGGUGACACUGCGAAAUUCUGGUAUUGUAGCAAUUGAAGAAAUUUACCUUUGUUGCGACCAGCCGCGCUGGCUAACAUUGGCGGAUGCGGAUGCAGAAGUACCACUUUCCAUACUAAAAACUGUUAAAGAUCUAUCCAACGAGAAAUUAUCAAAAGACCGUGAAAUACGUCGCCAACGGGUAGUUCGUUUGCUCAAACAUGACAACGCGGUUAGUUUGAAGCCACAGGAGUGUGCCACCGUACCGAUGUACAUGCAGGCACCCUUCCAGAAAGGAGAAUUUACACUGAGACUACUUUUCAUUUACACGCUACCUGACGGCACUAGCGCCUCCAUCAAAUAUCGUUUGGUGCGCCACAACUGGGUAUUCCAAGUGCACGAAUGUUUACAUUGCGAAGCUACGUGCGUGAUCAGCAACACGCUCUCUGGCGAACUGGGGCUUGAUGUAGCGCUGAAAAACGAAAGUAGCGCAAAAAUUUUUACAGCAAGCGAUAUGUAUGUAAAUUCACUUGGAAUCUACAGCAGCGAUCACAACGUGAAUAGGAACAAGCUAUACAUAACUAAUCAAAUGGAUAUUGCCACCGGCAGUGAUGGAGGGCGCUAUCUCCCCUUGGGAAAAUCAAUGAAUUUUCAGUGUCGCUUAGAACGGAGCACCAACAAAAUUACGGUACAGCCAGCUAAUGUUCUGUAUGAACGCGUCUCGUUUGUGAACGUCAUUCCUUCAAUUAAUGCCGACAAAGCACAUGCGAACAUUCCGUCCGUGCAUGAAGCGUAUGGCUUUUUAGCAAGACAUGAGACUUCAUUCUUCAACACCAAUAUCAACACGGACGAGUUCAAUAGCGCUGUGCUUAAUUUAGACCCCCACACCACGGUAAUAUUAAAUUGGGCGGCGCUUGUUAAGUUGAGUGGAAAAGACGAAACGCAGCGUUUUGCUGUGGGUCAGCAUUUCAUUCAACUUCGCAACCUUUACGAAAGCUCGACAUGUCUAGGCGUAAAGGCGCCACAUGCUUUUGUGGAGAUUAUAGCGAAGCCGGAACAGGUGCGUAGCAUUGCCGCAUUCGCGUUGAACGACACGGAUGCCCAACCGUUUGCGGUAUUCGCAGAUGAGCAACGUUGGGUUGACGAUGAGGAUGAUGUUGACGUGGACGACGAUGGCGCAUCGUUUUGGGAGAUGAAUACCGAUUAUGUGGGCAAGCGUUGUUUACUCUUGGAUGAAAAUUUACCGCCUGCUGUUAAAGUAUAAAUUUUAAUCGUAGAUAUGUAUGUCUUAGUUAUAUAACAAAUAAUUUUAGUGUAUCUAAAUGCCGUUGUGCAAUAAAUGACUAAAUAUUGA